UUCGCCUUGCUUGUGCAGCGUCGUUGCCGUUGGUAUUGUCUAAAAAGGCUCGGUGCUACAUGAAGGUAGACAUUUUAGUGCAAUCAUGAUGGACGUAGAAAAUGGUUGUGUGUUUCUUUAAUCGUUGCCUGUUCUCUAUAAUAAUCCAAAGGCAAAGAGAGUCCGAAUCGAAAUAAAAAUGUCGUGCAGAAGUGUUUCCACUAGUGGAGACACCAAUCCUCUGCAAAUGCUCCAUAAAGCUUGCUCUCCCUCUGAAGAAAUUAAUGCUCUCCAAGAACUCAGUAAAAGUCUAACUCCAACUGUGACUGGUGAAGAUGACGUUGAGCGUCAGUGGUUGUCAAUAGCUGCUGAUAAUCUUGGUGAUGGUCCAUGCAAUCCAUUCCCAGCAUACGCUCCACAAGAUUUUUUCUCUAAAGUGGAUUUGGAAAGGUUUACGUGCUAUCUGUUUGAACGGCGUUUCAGCUGGUCUGAGGCAAGAAAACCUGCAGUCUUAACAGAAAGGGAUGCAGAGCUUAAGAGCAGAUUAAACUUUUUAUUAGAUGAAUUUUUGAAAUGGUAUCUUUGUCAAGAAAUCUCCCAAGUGUUGCUAUUGAGCCUACAGGGUACAUUUAAUCACGCCCCUUCUAUGCCAGUCGUUCGUAACCAGACAAUUAUCCACAUUAUGGAGUGGCUUCAAUUAAAUGCCAGUCAUCCAAGUCUGCACAAGCACUUUAGCGAUGCUCAAGCUGUAGUGUUAUGUGGUGUUUGCGAUGUGUGGUCAGCCAUUCGGAAUGGUUGUGUCGCACGUCUUGGACGAAUUGUCAAUAAUUUCACUUUACAAGAAGUGCAAGGCCUUUUCACUGAGCUUACUAAGAUAUGUGAGAACCCAAGCAGCACAUGGCAGUCUAUAGAGGGAGCUCUUAUGGCCAUGAGUACACUACUCAAAAGCUUCCAGUGGAUAGGUGUGCUGUCGACCAGUUCAAGUGAUAUUCAUUGUAAUACGGGCAAAUACUUUUUAAAGUUUGGUACUCAGGAAUUGAGUCAACUGCCAGAGUUUGUAAGCAACACUAUUCAUAUGACGGUGUACCCACUGUUGGCUCAUCCUCAGCUUGGAGUCAGAGAAAAUGCAACCAAGGCAUUGUCAACAUACUUGUCAAGAUGUGACUUCAAGGUGGCUCUGAAAUGUUUAAGAGAAGCUGUGUCAAGACUGUGUCAAUCAGAUCAAGCUGAGUCCUGGUCAUCUGGGGACUGCUUUUUCUUACAGCAUGCUGUAUUGAAGCCAUCUUACAAGUUCUUGGAUGCUUAUGAGGCAGAAGGACUUCUGAGUGUAUGUUUGUACCUCAUCAAGUAUGUGCAAUGUGGAGUACUUCUACCAUACUGGAUGCAAUACUUCUCAACCUUUAAUUUGUACCUUAUGCAUCCUGCCUCUACAGUCAGACAAGCUGCAAGUAUCAUUUUCAAAUAUAUCGUUGCAAAAGAAAGCAGCAACCCUGGUCUACUGAAGCUGGUUAUGCAAGCUUUAUGUGCCAAUUGGAGCAUUGACAUAUCACUGCCAAAUACAAAGAGUGACAAGUCAACUGUCUUACAAGAAGGGGAAAACAAGAUUAGCAUCACAACACUUAACAUGCUGACAUCAGAACAUUUGCAGUCUGAAAUGUCUUUGAGCCACGCAUGGGAAUGGCGAGAAGGAAGGUUGUUUGCCUAUGAGCUGAUAGUCAAGUUCCUGAUCAUCAAUCAUAUUCACUAUCUGUUUCCUUCAUAUGCAUUACCACCCUCUAAGUUUGAUGGCAGUGUGUCUGCAGAUGAUGCUGUCCCUCACAGUCAUCAGCCAAUGUCAACUCAACGGGCUACCCUUAGCAAGAGCCUAAGUUAUGUAGAGAGCAACGUAAAGAAUCCCUUUGUAGCUUCAGCUGAUGAUGGAAGAUUGCAGAGUGGAGGUGUAAAGAGUAAAAUGUCAUGGUCUGAUGACAGAUCCGCAUCUACAAAUCAGCCUCUCUACUUAAACCAGGAUAACCCUCAUCAGUGUCUCACAAGAAGUGGAAGUGACAGGCGAAAGACAAUUGAAGAACGAAGAAAGUCCCUCAAGAGAUCACGCACUUUGGCAGAGGGAACAUUUUUAAAACGUCAACUUAGCAGACACUACUCAUAUUUUACCAAUAAAGCUUCAGUUGGUGAAAAAAGGUCCAGUGUUCAUACCUCUGCAACAUCACUUCUUUGCAAAGCAAGAGAUUUGGAUGCAACGUUAAAUGAUACGGAGGACGAGCCUUGCCAACUAGAGAAGCUGUGCAUUUCUUCCCCAAUGAGUUCGGUUGACUCUGAGACAAGGGAAUCACUACCAGCUGAUGUUUUAAUGCUUCUUCAAUUAGCACAAUCUGCAUCAAAGUCCUUUGAUAGAAAUGAUGCAGCUGAUGUGGACUGGAUACAUCGAGUCAAGUUUGAGAAACUUUCUACAAUAUUCAGACACAUUCUACUGCAGACAAUCAGUUGCCUAGAUGAUGAUAGAUGGGAGGUCAGGAGAAUGUCUCAGCAGGCUUUACCUCUGAUUACAGAAUGUAUACGAUGGUAUGACAUGUCUAUAUUGGCCUCAUUGUGGAAUGCUUACCUAAUACCUGAUGAUUCCUUACUGAGUUAUGGAUUAGCAUUGACCCUAGCUGUGUCUAUUCAUCAUGUUGUACGAUUGGUACACUUCAUGGAUACUCCACCUGCUUCAUGGAAGGAUCCAGAUGUCUGUCGUGGGAUAACAUUACCCAUUAUAACAGCUUUGACAGAGGGUAUAGCUAGCUGGUGUGAUGUUGCAUUAGCUGUGGUCAAUCGUACCACUGUAGAUAAGCUGACAGUGAUCACAUUAGAAAUAGUCAUGACCACUCUUACUUAUUUUCCUGAGUUGCUUUCUGAGAGACAAAACUAUGAUAUGGCUGUCUUGAAAAGACUUCUGCAUGUGUUUUGUCAUGCACAUCCUGAGCAUGCAAUAAGUCAACAGAACUCAGCAGAUGUGAUUCCAUUCAAUACACCUGCAGAUGGAUAUUUAUGUUGUUGCCAUAAAGCUGAAAGUCAAGGGUCAGCAGCUCGUCAUGUGGAGAGGUUCUUACUGACAGACAUACAUCACUUGAUACCUACAUUUCUCCAGAGUUGCUCCGUUCUCAAUGCAUGUGUACUAUUACCACUCAUGCUUCAUUGGGUUGCAUUCUACCAUGAAGACAGCCACAUGACCAAAUAUUGUUUAGAGGGGUGCACAGUGGUGGUCGAUAAGGCAUUGAGGUGGAUGGACCACAUUGAAACUCACCAACAUGAAGAACUUGUAUCCAAUCUACGCCCUGCUGUCAUAGAGAUUACUAGUUUGGUUCAACAUAUGGAUUUAGAGAUAAUGACACUGAAACAAGUUCUUGAUCUCUCCAUUGUCAUUGUGACAUCAAUCUUUCAAGAGUCAACUGACGUCCUUCGUUUGUUGUUGUCAGCUGUAGCAUCACGAUUUAACCAGUCUGCCAACAUAGAUGCAGCUCAUGUUCGACGUGAUGCAGUCAAUGAAGAUGGUGACAAUACAGUGACAACUUUAGUUUAUCGGUCGAAUAAUAUCCCUGCUAGUCCGGUUGACGCCAAAGACAGCUCUGAUGAUGAAGAAGAAGAAGAAAAGAAACAUAGUUGUAACUAUGCACCUACCGAGUCCCUAUCAUUGAGUGUAAGUGGAGGCAGUGGCCAGACCUUAUGGCCAGCUGUACAUACUACCGAUCAUGAUAAGAAUAGACUAUCUACAACAGCGAGUAACCAGAACAUUUCAGAUUCCGAUUGGGAUAGCUGGGAUGAUGAGCAAGAGGAGCAAUCGUCAUUCUAUUGUGUGGCAAAUGAGUUCCUGAGAAAACUGCAACUGUCGUACAGGAACACAAAAGGAAAAGGUGAAGAAUCUCCUUUUAAUACAGCUUUACAUCAACUUGAAGAGAAAGACCAAAUGCUUGUCAAUCAAUUGUUGACCAUCAGUACAGUUGAGUUAACAGCAUAGUCAAAUGUAUCACAACCUUUCAGGAGCGGGAGGAUCCGGUUUUUAAAAAUAUAUAUAUAUAUAUAUUGUAAAAUAUAAAGUUGGUACAGUAAAUCAAUCAAUCAAGCAAGUUGCAAAACAUUUCUGUCUAUUAUAGUUCUAGAUUCACCUUGCCAAUACAGUAGAUUAAGCGUUACGCCUUGUACGCAAAUAUUCUUGAACAAGACUAUUUUUGAAUUGGAACAAGUGCAACAAAAAACAUGAAUGCAGAUACUUGCUAAUUGAUUGUUUUCACAUUGUACAUUAUUCUUGAAGUGCAGUUUUAUUUAUUUUUGAUGUGUGUAGGUUUGAACAAGACUUUGAGGUAAUCUGAAUAAUACUUGAAGAGCAUCUUGGGCAUUCUGCUAGAAUGUUAAGUUUGGAAACCCUAUCAUUUGUGCAAAUAGGUCAAUGUUUAAUUAAAAAAUAAGUUAUUUAAGCUUUUGAUUGUUAAACGAAACUUGUAUAUCUGUACCUGUACAAGAUUACUUCAUCAUCCAAGCCUACAUGUACAUGUAGCAAUGCUAAGCAGUUGAUUUUGAUGUAAUUUUUUUAAAGCAUUUCUCUACAAUGAUUUGUAUGAAAAUUGUAUCUAAAAUAAACAUUCCACAGUUUCACAAAAGGGUAUUAAUUUAAAUUUGAUGUUUUUAAUUCCCUGCUUUCUGCAUGCCAACCACAAUUACAUGCAUUACUCAGAACACAUUUAAAUCACGACCAUUUCUGCCAGAAAGAGUGAAGAAUCUUUGCUAGAACAAUUAUAACUAUUUUCAGCGAAACACUUGUUCUUGAAGGUGUCCAGAUUUAGCUGAACACCUCUUCUGCCAUCAGAAACAGCUCCAGAUUAAGACUGAAUUUAACCUUAUAGGCACUGGAUACCUAUGGUAAUUGUCGAAGACCAGUCUUCUCACUUGGUGUAUCUCAACAUAUGCACAAAAAUAACAAACCUGUG